GAGAGAGAGAGAGAAAGGCUUCAAAGGAUCCCUGAGGUAUAUCUUAUUCUGCACAUUACUUCAGAAGGGCCCUGAGUUUGUACCUGCUUUUGUCCCACUCUCAAAGCUGCAGCACGACGAUUGCAAAAUGGCCACUGCAGACUGGAUUGAUAAUGUUACUCAUUACUCCGAUCUUCCCACGACCAGCGACAACUACGACUACCUGUCCAGCUAUGGCACCUUCGCUGGCGAAGAGGAUCUGGUAGCCCCAUGCUUUGAGGACGACGACGAGUCCAGCUCGACGAUCCUGGCGGGCUGUCAGACGGCGUUCUACGUCCUGGUUUUUCUGGUGGGUGUGACGGGCAACUCGCUAGUCGUCGCCACCUUCGCCCGCUACUGGCGCGCCCGCCUCCGCAGCCUGACGGACGCCUUCCUCCUCCACCUGGCGCUGUCCGACCUGCAGCUGCUGCUCACGCUGCCCCUGCAGGCCGGCGAGGCUCUGCACGGCGAGUGGCCGUUCGACAGCGCCCUCUGCAGGGUGAACAGGGGACUGCGGUCGAUGAACACCUACAGCGGCCUGCUGCUGCUAGCCUGCAUUAGCGCCGAGCGCUACAGCGUGGUGGUGCUCCGCUCCGGGGCGACGCGUCGGGGGAAGGCCGGCGGCGGGUGCUGCCGUCGUCGGGUGGUGAUCCAAGCCACCGUGGCGUGCCUGACCGUGACGUUGGCCGCCGUCGCCCUGAGCGCCCCCGACUUCCUGUUCUCUGAGGUGGAGCGCAACAGCGGCAUGUGCGGCCUGAACGUGUGGGUGGAAGGGGCCGGCUCGCAGGUCAAGCUGGCGCUGACCGGUUCCAUGAUCGCCGGCUUCUGCGUGCCCUUCGCCGUCAUGGCCACGUGCUACGCGGCCAUCGGCUGCGUCCUGGCGCAGGGCCGGCGCCAGGCUCGCGGGCACUGCUGGCGGCGUCAGCGGACGCUGCGCCUGAUGGUGGCGCUGGUGGUCCUCUUCCUGCUCUUCCAGCUGCCCUACACGCUGGUGCUGGGCCUGAAGCUGACCGGCGCCUGGCGCUCCUGCGGCCUCUUUCUGUGGGAGAGCGCCACCUGCAGCCUGGCGUACACGCGCUGCUGCCUCAACCCCGUGCUCUACGCGCUGGUCGGCGUGCGCUUCCGCAACGACGUGCUGAGGCUGCUGCACGAGGCCGGCUGCCUCCGCCUCUGCCUCUCCGCCUCGCGGCUCACCCUCGACCCCGACAGCGGCAGCUCGAUCUCGCGGUCAUCGGCUGCGCCCCCCGGCGCCACCGCGCUGCUGUCGCCGAAGUCGCCCACACCCCUGCUGACGCCGCCAGACAUCGGAACCGACGUGAGCAGAGUGUUUGUGUAUCCGAGCCUUUCCUCUACUCACACCUGACUGUGUUCAUAGCCCGUAUACGUCCUCAGAACUGACCCACGUAUAAAAUCUUCACUCACCAUUCACCUCUCUCGAACACAAGCUACCCUCAUGAAAAAGGUCAUUCAAAAAUGGUCUCUUCCUUUCAGAGCACACACAGCUCACACAUUCCUUUUCAGACGCGUGUGUUUCAUUCAGCUGCCCACUGUUCCGCAGCGGGGACUCUGACCGAAUGCACACAUCACUGAACUUAAGAGUGAGAGAGACGCUGGGCAUUGAUCUCAUUAGAUUAUUAGAUUUUAUAUGAAGAGUUUGAUUCCAAAACACUAUAUAUAUAUAUACGUUUUUAAAAACAUUAAAAAGUCAUAAGUCAUCAAAUUGCAGUUGUGUUGUUUUGAUUGAGUAAAGAUAAAUCAAAUAAUAAUAUCCAAAAACAUUUCUACUGAAAUUACUUGGAAAACAAAUGGUAAAAAAGAAAAAAAUAUUUAUGAAAAUUCACAAAAAAAUGGUGGAUAGCGUUUCGGAUCCAACUCUUCAUAUGAUCUUUUAAUACAUUAUUGUAAGUUCUAUCUUUUACAUUAUCAUACAUACUUUACAUAUCCUCAGCUUCAUGCAUUAUCUGAAAGCAGAACUGUGACCAGUCAUUAGGCCUACAUCUCAGCAAUUUCUCAAGCACAUUUUCUAUGUACUGUAAGCCAUCAUCAUGUGACUGAAGAUUUUAUAACAUCCAAAAUGUAUAGUGUCAGACUUUAAUUAUGAUUGACUAAGUUGUGUUUGAAGCAACUGUAAAACACUCAUCGUAUCAUUAUAUGAUACAAUGUGCGAGCAUAUAGACACUUUUGUGAUUGUAUAACAUGUGUUCUAUUAUUAUUAUUUUAUUGCAACUAUAUAAUAACCACAGCAAUAGUCCAUUAAUCCACACCAAUAAUCAGAGGUCAAUGAUAGUCCACGGAAACAAAUAGUGGACAAUACAUACACAUAUGGAAUCAUUACAUCUGUUUGGAAGAGACGAAUAACUAUUUUAUUUCUAUUUGUUGUUUCUGAUGAAAUGAAGAAGUCUGAGAAGUAGCAAUAUUUCUAAAGCUUGCAUAUCUCCAGUGUUUGUAUUGUAACUAUGAUAAGCAUUACAUUACAGCAUUACAGCAUAACAUACAGUAUUUUCUAAAUUAUAGUCAUCACCAUUUGUCUGAACAUCAUAACUUAUAUCAGAAUAACAGUAAAGAUUCUUAAACAGAACACUGACUCUGUUGAUAAAGCCAGAGCCAUAUACAUACAUAUAUGUAUUUAUAUGGCUCUGGGUAAAGCAAAAUUAUUUUUUUCUUCUCAGGAGUAUGACAAGUAUGUGAUUUGCAGGGGGGCUACAACAGGUGCGUAACUGAAGCGUUUCCAUUUGCGAUGUCUGCUGCAACAAUUAGCUUCCACUCUGAUCAAUGGAACUAGCCACAGUACUGUAGAUGUGAUAGCAGCAGGUACUGUACAUUUGAAAAAAAAAAAAAAAAAAAAACAGACCAGUCUUCCAAAAUAGUUUUUAUGCAUUGCGAACGGAACGCUUCAGUUACACACCUUGUGUAGCCUCCGUUAGUGAUAAACCAGAGGGAGUGGUAAAGUUGCUAAUAGAGGAGCAUUAUGGCUUCAUCCAGACAACAAAACAACAAAGGCCUCUUCUUUUAGGAGGUUUAGCAGCUACUGUCAGUUAACUUACCCAGGUUUACCACUGAACCGCCUACUUGAGAUACCAGCCUGCUCUGUCUUUAUUGACACUUCUGUUCAAAAUGUGUUAUUUCUAAAAAAAAAAUUUAUAGAAUUAUUACUGUAUUCUUAAAUAAACGCCUGCCUAUCCAGUUUUGGCACGGUUUCCUUUAUCUGUUUACUCAAGAUGAGAUAUAAUGGCAAACAAUAGCGUCUAUGCAAGUCUCAUAGUUCGGAAUACAUCACCUUUGCCA